CAAAGAGCUGGGAGGGGCGGAGCGAAGAGAGGUCCAUCCUACUUCUCUGGCCCAAAAUCUCAGGCCUGGGCUGAGCGGGGCGGAACCUGCAAGUGGAUGGACUCAGCUUUGCAUAGCAAUACCUGGUUUUGCAUAACCAAUACCGGCAGGCAUUUAAAGGCUCAGCCGCCGCUACGGAUCUGGUAGUUUACUCCGGGCGGUCCCACCCUUCGCGAUGUGUCCCCUGACACAGGCACUGCUCCUGAUCGCCCUGGGCUUGCUUCUUGCCGGCCCUGUGGCCCCUGCGCGCAUCCACCUGAACAAGGCCAGUAAAUUUAGCUGGGCUAACUGUGAUGAAGCAAAGGAUCCUGCUGUGAUCAAAUGCCUGUCACUGGAGCCUGACCCCGUCGUUGUUCCUGGGAAUGUGAACAUCAGCAUCACGGGCAGUACCAGCGUCCGCCUCGAGUCUCCUCUGAAGGUGGAUUUAGUUGUGGAGAAGGAGGUGGGGGGCAUUUGGCUUAAGAUCCCGUGUGUGGACCACGUGGGCAGCUGCACCUACGAAGAUUUCUGUAAUGUUCUGGACAUAGCCAUUCCUCCUGGACAGUCCUGCCCAGAGCCCCUACAUACCUAUGGGCUUCCCUGUCACUGUCCUUUCAAAGAAGGCACCUACUCGCUACCCAAGACUGAUAUCACCUUGCCUGAACUGGAGCUUCCCAGUUGGCUCAGCUCCGGGAACUACCGCAUUCAGAGUACCAUGAGCAAGAACGGGAAGCGGAUGGGCUGCGUGAAGAUGACUGUGUCUCUAAAGGGCAAAUAAUGAGACCCCGGCCCAGCAGAAUGAAAGGAUAUGAGGAAGGUGUCUUCCUCUGUCUUGCAUUCGCCCAGGCUGAAUUCCAUCUCUCUGUCCCCCUUCAUGCCCCUUUCUGCAAUGAUCCUGCUACCCUCACCUAAAAUCAUUUUGUGCACUUACAUUCUAGGCUGAGCCAAGCAGCCCUAAACUGAAGGAGAAUGAAUUUGAUAGCCCAGAACAUCUGCUGGGCAGUCCCCAUCAUUUUCCUCCUACCCUUAUGGCUUCCUUCUGGAAGCUUCAUUCAUUUCUAUAACAGUUAGGCAUGGUAACCAAUAGGUUUUGUAAUCUCAAGUGCACACUGACCAAACUUGGCCUUUUGAAGUAUUUUUAUGACUCUUUUUUUCCUUUCUUCUUCUUCUUUUUUGUUACUGAAUUAAAAACAGAGUGAAAGUAUUAACAUUUUUCAUUCUACUCCAAACCCUUCUUACAAAAGUGUUCAUCUUAGUCUGCUCAUUUAACUUUUGUUACUAAUUAUAUAGUCUUUCUAGGUUUGCCUAAUUAACAUGUAUCCUGGAAAGGAAGGGCCUGGCUGGUUGGGGGUGGUUGUUGGGGAACUAUUUAGAAAAGCCCCUCCCACCUCUGUGUUUAAGAUUGUUUACAAACUCAGGUGCUUCCUUGGCUAGCAAGAGAUAAUGAAGGACAAAAUUCACUAGAAACAUUGUUUUCAGGAGUGGCUUCUGGUUUUUUCUUUUUUUGAUAAAUAUACACAUACGAUGAGUAUAAUAAAUAAUUUUUUACAUUU